GCAAAAAAGCGGGUUGAAGGCUCGAAGAACAAACGCAAAAACAGAAAAAAAAAUCUAAUCUUCUCCGGUACCGGCGCGACACAGAUUUCCGGGGAGAGCAGUAUCCUAUUUGGACUGCUCUGUUGGAAAGAAUGGAGUAAACAAAACAAAGAUUCAAGAUAAUUGCUUUCGCCGGUGAUCGGCAGCUAAGCUACUCCGCCGUCACCUAUGGCGGAGCUCGAUCUCGAAUCCAUCCUCCAUUCACACUCUCACGCCGCCUCUGACGACGAAGAAGACGAAGGCCAUUUUUUCCAUCGCCGAACCGUCGAUGAAAUCCUCCUCAACCACGCUUCUUCAUCUUCAUCGUCUUCUUCGCCCUCGCAUACGCCUCCGCAUUCUCCUUCCACCGUGUAUCGGCGGCAGGCACAAUCCGACUGCAGCUCUGUCUCUUCAUCUUCCGAAACCCUAAGAUUGCCUCAUUCGCAGUCGCUGUCAUCUUCAGAAUUGAAACCGUCUGGUUCAAUUAUCAGUGGAAUAAAGUCCGACGAUUUCUCUUAUUCGCCUCAGUUUCUCGCGGGGGUCAUCAGAUCAAAUGCCAAGCCUGGGGCUGCUCUGGCGGCUGCUGCUGCGGCUUCGCGCUCCUUCCCCACCCGCAAAGCCGCCGCAAUUAGGAGAGCGGUCUCCAGCUCCGUGACCCAGCAUGAUGCUGAUGUUGUCUCUUUGGUGGCCACUGAAGGUGUAUCUUCAUUUGAGGUCACUCAGGCUGUUACACUGGAUAAUUGCCCACCUGCUCAAUUGCAAAUGACUAACCUUUCUGAUUCUAGUGGGGAUUUGGUUGAUGAUUCCAUCCAAGCUCAGGAAAGUUCGAGGGGAGGAAGUGGAGUUUUUGCUAAAGGUGAUGAUGAUAAUGAUGGUGGUUUAUUAGUUUCCAGGGCUGAUAAUUCCAGCCAAGGUUCCUCCACUUCCCCGGUUGAAACCAGCAUUCGUUCCCCCAUCAGAACUGAAAUGUUCUUUGAUAUUGCUGGGGAUUCUGUAGAACCAAAGUUACUGGCGAAUGAAGUUAUGAAUGUGCAUGCCGAAACCGCCUCUAAUGUAGAGGGGAACCUUGAUGAUGAAGUGACCCCAGCUGUUCAUGAGAGGCAUCAAGACAAAAUGGGGUCCGAGCUUGGGGAUCAUGAUGUUCUUUCUGAAGGCGGAGAUGAUAGUUCUGAUAAUGGUUUUGCUGAUACAUUGCAAGAGAAACAAAUGCAAGAGGAGGGAGAGAGUAGUGUAAUGGUUACAGAGAAGAAAGUAGUGCCUUCAUUAAGCCCUAUUGAGCAAGCAGAAGAACUUGAAAAGAAGCAGACAUUUGCAGGAAUGUACUGGGAGGAAGGUGCUGCUGCACAACCUAUGAUGCUUGAGGGCAUUCGCAGGGAAUCUACUCCCUUGGGAUACUUUGACGUUAAUGCAGAAAAUGCUCUUACUCGCAUCUUUUCUUCAGAGAAGUUCAGGCAAGAUCAUGGCUCCCCACAGGUUCUGGCAGUUCACCUCAACUACAUAGCAGUGGGAAUGUCAAAAGGGCUGGUUGUCAUUGUGCGCAGCAGAUAUACACCUCUUCAUGCUGAUGACAUGGAUUCAAAGAUGUCGAUGCUGAGUUUACCUGGGGAGAGGGCUCAUGUUCCUGUAACAUCUUUGUGCUUUAAUCAUCAGGGGGACUUACUCUUUGCAGGAUAUGGUGAUGGACAAUAUACCGUGUGGGAUGUGCAGAAGGCAUAUGAUGUUAGAACUAUGACUGAACAUAAGGCCCCAAUAGUUCACCUUUUUAUUUUAAGUCAAGAUUCUCGCCAGUUUUAUGUGGUCAGUGGUGACUGUAAGGGUAUAGUUAAAUUGAUCCGCUUUUCAGUGCCAUGGCUCAAUAGAAUUUCAAUUUCUAAAUCAACGAAGCUGCUAGAUGAAACAACAAGCACUGUAGUUUGUGCUUCUCCAUUACUCUUUGGAGAUUCUCUGGGAAGUGCUCUGACACCUUCUCUAGAUAAUACUACAGUUCCUAGUGGUGGUGUCGGUAGUAUGAUGGGAGGCAUGGUUGGUGGAUAUACUGGGUGGAAACUUUUUGAUGGACCUUCUCAGGGUGAUGAAGGUGUGGUCGUAUUCGUCAGUCACCAGUCUGCUCUAGUGGCUAAAGUGAUUCCUGAUAUAAAGGUUUAUGCUCAACUUCCCAGACCAAAUGGUGUUAGUGAGGGUUCCAUACCCUAUGCUGCUUGGAAAUCAUUUGUGUCUGCUGAAUCAUCACAUAGAGUUUCACUGCUUGCAAUUGCAUGGGAUCGGAAAAUCCAAGUUGCCAAGUUAAUAAAAUCAGACCUAAAAGUUUGUUGGGAAUGGGACCUGGAUAGUUCAGCAGUUGGAGUCGCAUGGCUGGAUGAUCAGAUGUUGAUAAUUCUUACAUCAAUGGGAAAGCUAUGUUUGUUUGAAAAAGAUGGAAAUAUGAUCCACCAGACAAGUUUCUCCACUGAUGGGCUUCAAGGAGAUGAAGCUCAUCACAAUUGUAUAGCUGUUAGGGGGGCCAGUGUAUACAUUCUAGGAACAUCACAGCUUGUUGUCUCUCGCCUCCUCCCUUGGAAGGAGAGGAUAGAAUUUAUGCGAAGAGCAGGUGACUGGAUAGGUGCAAUGAGCAUGGGAAUGGCACUCUAUGAUGGCCAAGCUUAUGGUGUAAUUGACCUCCCUAGAAGUUUAGUUGACAUUCAGAAGACUGUUAUGCCAUAUCUUGUUGAGUUAUUAUUGUCAUAUGUGGAAGAGGUAUUCUCAUACAUAUCAGUAGCUUCCAACAGCCAAAGUGGGAAGUUGUGGCAAUCAGAUAAGUCAAAUGAUAGGGACCAACAAAUGCCUCCUGAAAUUAAGGAGCAGUAUGCACGUGUUGGUGGCGUUGCUAUUGAAUUCUGUCUCCAUAUCAAGAGAACUGACGUCCUCUUUGAUGAAAUAUGGAAAAGAUUUGAAAAUGAAAAACAACAAGUGUUUCUGCCAUUUGUGGUUGAUGUAUGUGCAUCUCUCUCUCUCUCUUUCAAUGUUUUUCAUCCUGUUAAAAGGGCGGAUCAUGGUUGUUCAUUUCCUCCAUCUGAUGCAGAUACAUUCUUAGAGCUUUUAGAGCCAUACGUAUUGAAAGAUAUGCUCGGUUCUCUACCACCAGAGAUUAUGCAAGCGCUAGUGGAACACUAUAGCAACAAUGGUUGGUUGCAGCGAGUUGAACAAUGUGUUCUUCACAUGGAUAUUUCAUCCUUAGAUUUCAAUCAGGUUAUUCGCAUAUGCAGGGAACACAUGUUGUAUGGAGCAGUGAUAUACUUGUUCAACAAAGGUCUUGGUGAUUUCAAGGCACCCCUGGAGGAGCUAUUUUCAGUUAUAAGAAUUAGCAAAGGAGACACGGCUGCGCGACUUGGGUACAAGGUGCUUGUUUAUCUGAAAUAUUGUUUCCAGGGUCUUGCUUUUCCCCCUGGGCAUGGAACUCUAUCCACAGAAAUCCUUCCAUUGCUUAGGAAAGAGCUUGUGCAUUUUCUAUUGGAAGGCUCUUGCACAUCCAGUUCAUUGGCGAUUACAAGCUUUACAGUCAAUGAGCUACACCCAAACUUGCUCUAUCUAUUACAAUUAGAUACUCAAGCUACAUUAGAUACACUGCGAUUUGCAUUUGUUGAAGAUGAUCCACAAUUUAACCAUGUUUCCGGUGAUUCAACCAAUUUAUACACCAAUUCUGCUGAAGUAAAGGGUUUGUCUGAAGGUCAAAAUCUAGUCCAAGAACUAAUAGGUGUCUUAGCUGAGAUUCUUGAUGCAAAUUUGUUCCAAAGUAGCAACCCUUGUAGCAAGGAUGAUGGUAUAUCCAUUGAUAGAUGGCCUUCAGAACGAGAGAGAACCCAUAUCUUGGACUUCAUUGCUUACUUUGUUUCUUGUGAGAAGGCUAAAAUCUCAAGAGGUACUCUAAGUCAGAUUGCUGAAUACUUGACUUCUCGAACCGAUUCCUCAAUUAGUGUCUCUGAGAGUAAGGCAGUCUUGAAGAGAAGACAAAAACAAUUGGUUUCACUUCUUGAAAUAUUGCCAGAGGAUGAAUGGGAUACUCCUAACUUGUUACAUUUAUGUGAGAGGGUUCAGUUUCAACAGGUUUGCGGCUUAAUUCAUUCUAUCAGACAUCAGUAUCUUGCCGCUUUGGACAGCUAUAUAAAAGAUAUGGAUGAACCAAUUCAUGCCUUUUCAUUUAUUCAUGACAUGCUGCAUCAAGUGGGAAACAGAGAUUCUGAUGCUUUCCGCUCUGCAGUAUUAUCUCGAAUUCCUGAUCUUGUCAAACUAAGCAGGGAGGCAACUUUCUUCUUGGUUGUUAGCCAUUUUGAAGAGAAGUUUGAAUACAUUUUGUCCAUGUUACGUUCUCAUCCAGAAAGUCUCUUCCUUUACUUAAAGACACUCUUUGAGAUUCAAUCUAGCAAAACCCUCAAUUUUUCUUCAAUAAGAAACGAUAAUGUUCUAGAAUUUCCUUGUCAGAACAAGGGAACACAUCAGUCAGAAAAGAUUCAAACCUAUCUGGAAGCACUGUCUACAUGUCCAAAAGUAAUGCAAGACUAUCCAUUUCUUAUGACUGAUGAAAUGACAGAGUUAUAUCUUGAGCUUUUGUGUGAGUAUGAACGCAAUUCAGUUUGCAAAUUCUUGGAGAGUCUUGAAAGCUAUAGGGUGGAACAUUGUUUACGCUUGUGCCUGGAACAUGGAAUUAGAGAUGCAGCUGCUUUCUUGUUUGAAAGGGUUGGUGACAUAGGAAGUGCACUUUCCCUCUUACUUGACAGCCUUGAUGAAAAGUUCAUCACACUUGAUGCUUCUAUUGAAGAGGAGCUUUGUGAUGCCCAGUUGAAGCAUUUUAAUCAAAUGUUAGAGACAAAAGAGGUCAAUGACAUACUUGAAAUGGUGCGCAACUGUAUCUUGAUGUGCCAACGAAAUAGCCCCAGACUUGAUCCUGUUGAAUCUGAAGGCCUGUGGUUUGAGUUGCUUGUUUCGUUCUGUGAACCUUUAAUGGAACCAUAUAGUGGAAAUAUAAAGGACCAAGGGGCUUGCAGGAUCAAGUGGAAAGUCUCUCAGUCUCAUAAGAAUGCAGAAGUUCUGAGGAAAUUGCUCUCCUUCUUUAUUAAAGAGAUUGCUGAGGGAAUGAUCGGAUAUGUCCGCCUACCAACUAUCAUGCUAAAACUGCUUUCUGAAAAUGGUAGCCAGGAAUUCGGAGAUUUUAAAACCACCAUAAUGGGGAUCCUCGGAACCUUCGAUUUUGAAAAAAGAAUUUUGGACACUGCGAAAUCCUUGAUCGAGGAUGAUACGUAUUAUACCAUGAGCUUACUGAAGAGGGGGGCUGUUCAUGGCUAUGUCCCUCGGAGCCUUGAGUGCUGUGCGUGCAAUUUUCUUCUAUCCAGAACUUCUUCUAGUGUUCAAAUUUUCCGCUGUGGUCACGCAAUGCACCUGCAUUGUGAACUUCCAGAUAACGGCGAACCCUCUAAAGUUUCAUCUGUUGGAUGCCCAGUUUGUGUGCCUAGAAAGAGUUCUCACAGGUCAAGAAGUAAAUCGAUGUUCUCAGAGAAUGGAUUGGUGAGCAAGACUUCAAGAUCUCAGCAAGGACAUGGGAUAAAUGCAUUGCACCCAUAUGAAAAUGAUUUUCUUGACAUCUCCUCUGGUCCCCAUCCAGUUUCAAGGUUUGAGGUCUUGAGUAAGCUUCAGAAAGACCAGAGGCCGUCACAUAUAGAAGAAAUGCCUAAUCUGAGACUAGCACCGCCUGCUCUUUACCACGAAAAGGUAAACAAAAGGAUAGACUUCCACACCGGGGAAAGCUCAUCGAAUGUGGAGAAACCAAACAAGUUCACGGACAAAAAAUUGAAGGGAUCUGCGAUAAGGUUCCCCUUGAAAUCAAAUAUAUUCGGCAAAGGGAAGAGUUUAAAGCGAUGAUCUACCAGAUUUUGCAAAAUGCAAAAGGGUCUUUUAGUCCUGGAGACAGGUAGCUGAUGAAGAUGGAAAUAUACAGAAUGCAAGGACAAUAUUUCCUUCUGGGAUAAAAACAAAGAGUAAAUUCCACAAAUAGCCAUAUAUCAUUAAAGAUAUUCCACAUUUCAUCUACUAUAUGAAAUUCAAUCAGGUCCAUUUAAAUUAUAGACAACAACAACAACAACAACCCAGUUGGAUCCCACUACAGUAGGGUCUGGGAUUUAAAUUAUAGACAUUAAAUACUCCGUAUGAAUUAAGGUCUUUAAAAAUUUGGAACAUUACUAAUUCUAGUCCUUUGUUAUAGUGUAUGAUUUUGAUGGGAAUGGACAAUAAUUGGCAAUGCUCACAAUUAACACAAACCUCCAAUGGAACUUCAAUAAUAGUCAACUCAAUGUGGAAUGUUUCUAAAUAUAGAUGAUUAUUUGUGAAUUUUAUUGUGGAAGAGGGG